GGGCGCUCGACGAGGGGACGCUGCUAAGGUCAUCAGUGAGAAGCUGAGAAAUGGCUAAAUCCACCCGAUUGCUUGACAAUGAAGCCUUGCGGGCUUAUGCUACUUAUGCAACUAUUGUUCUUCUAAAGAUGAUGCUAAUGAGUCUUAUAACAGCAUACUUCAGAAUCACAAGAAAGGCAUUUGUCAACCCAGAAGACGUAGCAGUAUCGUUUGGAAAAGGCGAGGGUGCUAAAAAAUACCUGCGGACUGAUCAGGAUGUCGAACGUGUACGCAGAGGCCACCUGAAUGACCUUGAAAAUAUUGUCCCAUUUCUUGGCAUUGGACUGCUCUAUGCUCUUAGUAGCCCUGAGCUGUCCACAGCCUUGAUGCAUUUCAGGAUCUUCGCUGGGGCUAGGAUUUUCCACACUUUUGCAUACUUGAUCCCUCUUCCUCAACCUAGCAGAGGUUUGUCUUGGGCAGUUGGGUAUGCAGUGACCAUCUCGAUGGCGUACAAAGUGCUGAAGACGGUGUUGUACCUGUAGCAGAGCUGUAGCUUGUGUCUACCAUUCAACAUUCCAUGCAAAGUUUCCAGCAGUGUCUGUUGAUGUCUUGAACAAACCAGCAUGAGUAUUCCAUGGUGACUGGAAUUAAUCUUGUAACAGAGGCUUUUUAUUCCUGUUCAGAAAUACUUAUUUUUUGGAGUUAAAAAAAAAAAAAUAAAAUCCUUCUCCCUGUAUUCCCUGCCAAAAUAUUAGAUUGAAUGUUGCCUUUGCAAUUUGUCAAGUGCUUACAAUUCUAAACAUGUGAUGAUGCUGUAUUGAUAGCAUGUGUGAUAAUUUUGUAGAGAUGCUCUAUUUUUGGCUGUAGCU